AUGGACGGCCAAUCGACUAGUGAUACGUGCGGUGACGACUCCAGAGAUAGCAAGGAUGCGAUAAGCGUUGCUGCCACCCCUAUUAGGGUUCCAACUUUCUGGCCACAGAAAGUAUCUCUUUGGUUUCGGCAAUUGGAGGCGCAAUUCGUCAUUGGGCGCAUAAUCAAAGAUGAAACAAAAUUUGGCUAUAUUGUUGCGCAGCUGGAUGGGAAAUACGCUGAAGAGGUGGAAGACAUAAUAUGUAAUCCGCCGGAAAGCAAUAAGUACGGGGCAAUAAAAGCCGAGUUAAUUAAACGGUUGUCGGAUUCGGAUACAACGCGUGUACGAAAAUUGUUGGAGACUGAGGAGAUUGGUGAUCGGCCUCCUACUCAAUUUUGGCGCCAUUUAAAAGAGUUGGCUGGUUCUGCAGUUAAUGAAGAUUUUUUAACAGAGCUGUGGAAAAAUCGUCUCCCAACUCAGACGCAACUCGUGCUAACAGCAACAUCUGAUAAGGAAGGUGCUAAAUUGGCUGAAAUCGCGGAUUGA